CGGUUUCAUGCAGUUUUUUAAUGGUUUCGACCAGAUGUCACUUCCGGUUCCGGUGAAGUGACAGGCCCCGGAAUCCAAAGGAACCCUUGAGACACCGGGACCGGGAGAUGAGAUGACAACGUCAACUCUGCAGAAAGCCAUUGAUUUGGUCACCAAAGCCACAGAGGAGGACAAGAACAAGAACUAUGAGGAGGCUUUGAGGUUGUACCAGCAUGCGGUGGAGUACUUCCUGCACGCCAUCAAGUAUGAAGCUCACAGCGACAAGGCCAAGGAGAGCAUCCGAGCCAAGUGCAUGCAGUACCUGGACCGAGCCGAGAAGCUUAAGGAUUAUCUGAAGACAAAGGACAAGCAAGGCAAGAAGCCCGUGAAAGAGUCCCAGAAUGAGAAGGGAAGCGACAGCGACAGUGAGGGAGAAAAUCCAGAAAAAAAGAAACUACAGGAACAACUAAUGGGUGCCAUCGUAAUGGAGAAGCCGAACGUUAGUUGGAAUGACGUGGCUGGGCUGGAAGGGGCCAAGGAGGCUUUGAAGGAGGCCGUGAUUUUACCCAUUAAGUUUCCCCAUCUCUUCACAGGAAAGCGCACUCCCUGGCGUGGUAUCUUGUUGUUUGGACCCCCCGGAACAGGAAAAUCCUACCUGGCCAAAGCUGUAGCAACCGAAGCCAACAACUCUACGUUCUUCUCCGUGUCCUCCUCUGAUUUGAUGUCCAAGUGGUUGGGAGAGAGUGAGAAGCUGGUGAAAAACCUCUUUGAGCUGGCGAGGCAGCAUAAACCUUCCAUUAUAUUCAUCGAUGAGGUCGACUCGCUUUGCGGCUCUCGGAAUGAAAAUGAAAGUGAAGCUGCUCGGAGAAUCAAGACGGAAUUUCUGGUGCAGAUGCAAGGUGUUGGAAAUAACAAUGAUGGUAUCUUGGUUCUGGGCGCCACCAACAUACCCUGGGUGCUGGACUCUGCAAUCAGGAGGAGGUUUGAGAAGCGGAUAUACAUCGCUUUGCCGGAAGAAGGUGCUCGUGCCCAGAUGUUCCGGCUGCACUUGGGUAAUACGGUCCACAGCCUGAGCGAAGCAAACAUCCGCGAGCUGGCCAACAAAACCGAUGGAUACUCAGGAGCCGACAUUAGCAUCAUCGUCAGAGACGCGCUAAUGCAGCCCGUGCGCAAGGUGCAAUCAGCCACACACUUCAAAAAGGUACGAGGUCCCUCUCGCACCAACCCUGGAGCCAUAGUGGAUGACCUUCUAACACCCUGUUCUCCUGGAGACCCAGGAGCCCUGGAGAUGACUUGGAUGGAAGUAGCCAGCGAUAAACUGCUGGAGCCUGUAGUGAGCAUGUCUGAUAUGCUGAGAUCUUUGGCUACCACCCGGCCCACUGUAAACACGGAGGACCUACUGAAAGUGAAGAAAUUUACAGAAGACUUUGGGCAGGAGGGAUGAAGUGCACUGUGCCCUACGAGGGGAGGGGGCAUCAGGUUUGCUUGCUUAUCUCUUAAGUGCCCCCCCACCAAAAAGAUCACAGGAAACUGCAGGCUCUGGCCACCCUCUCCCAUAUCCAGGACUCCUACCCUCCCUGGGAGGCACCACUUACCUUCAACAAGCUUCUGUAUCUGAGGUUUACAUUCAUCAGUCUCCAGACCUUCAAUGUGAUGGCCUUUCCUGUUCUCUCUAACAAACCUCUGGGGGCUCCGACUUUCCCACAAUGCCUGACUUGCAGUUACAACUGACUUCUAAUUGACAGUAAUGUCCCUUUCCCUUGAGUCCUCCUGGGUGCAGUGACAGGUUUGUUUCAAUACACUGCCAAUCCCAGGCCCCUUCACCCCAGCCCAAGUUCGUAUCUUCCCCCCAUGUCCCUGCCGGUUUGCUGACGUGUGCAUUACUGGGGAUGAGUGUUCAGCUUUGUAAAUAUAUCCGAUGUCUCUCUUUCAAAUCACAUCCUAUGUCUGAUGCUCAUUCUUAAAUAAAGCUGCUCAUACACUUCA